AUGGCUGGCGAGGAAGUUCUGCUUAUAUCAGAACAUGUCAGAUAUAAGAAAAAUAAUGGGAAACUUAUGUUGCUUUCUGAUAAAAUAAUGUGGACAGCGGACGGAGCGGAUAAACCACGGCUGUGCUACGUUUAUUCCGACAUCAAAGUGCAGAGAAUCAGCCCUGAAGGCAGCUCAAAAAUGCAGCUUCAAACAGUGCUUCACGAUGGUAACUCGUACAGUUUCCAUUUUGUCAAUAAUGCCUAUCCUGGCGCUGAACGUCGAGAUCGUGAUGACGUGAAGGACCUUUUAGCUCAAUUAAUACCUGCUCAUAGGAAAAAAGCGAACAAAGAUUUGGAGGAGAAGAAUAAACUAUUGCAAAAUAAUCCUGAUCUCUACCAGCUAUAUAAAGAUCUUGUUGUUGGUGACAUUAUUACAGCUGCAGAAUUUUGGGCAAACAGAGCAAAUGAACAGACAUCUAGCAAUGAAACAGGGUCUGGUGAUGUUCAAACUAUCGGUCUGUCGUCUGGAUUUCUGUCAGAGGUAAAACCAGAGAGUAGUGGUUGCAAUGAACUGAGAUAUAACUUGGACGCUGAUACUAUUGCGGCAAUAUUUAAAACAUACCCGGCAGUUAAGAAGAAACACUUAGAAAACGUUCCUGACCAGAUGAGCGAGAAGGAAUUUUGGACCAAGUUUUUUCAGUCUCAUUUCUUUCAUCGUGAUCGUCAAAAGACUUCGUCGGAUCUGUUUUUGGAAUGUGCAAAUAAGGAUGAACAAGAAUUUCUGGAACAAAAGCUUUCAAAUUUCUAUGAUCGUUUGUUGGAUAUUUCAGAGUCAUCUCCUCUUUCUGACCAGGGCUAUGGUCAUAAACAACAGUCUUCUGACUCUUCCGAUCAGAAAAGCAAAAACGACAACCUGUUUCGUCGGUUCAAUCAUCAGAGCUCUAUGGUACUCAAGUCAUACGCGGACACUCCUUCCCAGGUUGUGAAUGAAAAGUCGACGAACAGCAAGGAUGAACCACCGAUAAAAGUGGCUCGACUUCGAGAUAUGGUAAGAUAUGAGGAUUUGGAGGAGGAAACUACGAACGAAUCAGUAGUUUUGAAAAUAAAAGACAAAAAUCAGUUUUGUCAGGGAAUUGCAGUGGAAACAACCCAGGCACCUCACAAGGUAAAUUCGUAUACCAAUGGUACGGAUAAUCUCACAUCUUAUGCCGAAAGAUGUUCUAUGGACAUCAGAUCAUGGCAACCAGAGCUUGUCAAGACUCUCAGCAGCGAUUGUGCUUGCGAAGUUCUUACCGAAUUCUCACCUGGUGGCCUGUUCAUGAGAGAUACGAUGUCCGAAAUUAACGGCCAUGGUCUUCAAACGUUGCAAAGAGAAUUACGGCAACAUUAUAAUGCAAUUACCGAGUUACUUCGGCACUUUUGGUCUUGUUUUCCCGUCACUUCAAUAUUCUUAGAAGAAAAGCUAGAACGUAUGACCAAAUGCUUAGAGAAAUAUCGAGACAUAAAACUUCGUAAUUUUAUUUCAACUCUGGAAAACCCAACGUAUGGAGAACAUCUCAUGAAAAUGAUUGAUAUUGCCGUCACAAAAUAUCAGACUUUGCAAGAAAAGAAAACAAAAGUGAAAUUAAAAUGACCUUACUGAUGUACACGAAGAGAAUAUUCAAUUUUGAUCCGUGGAUCAAACCCGUGGAUA